AUGGCUUCGCACAAUCCAUGGCAGGUAAAGAAGGUUGCGCUGUCGCCGCCUUCGCUGGCGUCUCUCGCUGAGGCCAUCGCUUCGGGUCUCUCCUCCAACUUCGCUGUCUCCUCCUGUUCAAUGGCCACUCCUCCGGACUUGACAGCUGCGCCUUAUCACCUGGCGGGACCGGGACUUGGCGGCUCUACUCGCAUCGUCGACGUGGGCGGGCCACCGAACCUCGCUCCAUCGCCGAACUUGACCAAGAAGUAUGACCUGGCCGCCAUCGCUCGGCAGGUCGACAUGUCCCCUUCGACAGGCUUCUUGCUCGGCGCGGGCGCUGGGCCCUUUUAUGUGCUGGGCCAAAACUCGGAGCUCAUGCCCAACUUUGCGUAUGGGACCGCCGCCGGCCAGGGUGGAGGGGCCGCCGACUCAGUCCGCAACCGCACGCACUAUGCGAAGAUCACCGCCGCAGACACGGUGUGCUGCGCCCCGAUCCCGCAAGAGAGCACGGGUUUCGCAUUCAUGUGCAAUCUGUUCUGCUCCGACGGCGUGCCCUGCGAGUGUCUGCACGUCACCGCGCGGUCGCGCAGCGGUCCGCUCAACUUCACGGCGACCAUCCAGCACGCUCUGCAGGCCGCCUUUGGGGACAAACUGAUCUCGCUGGGCGGGGUGUUUCUGAUCAACAAGGGCACGGCCAAGCUGCACGUCAUGCCGGAUUUCCCGACCCAGCCCUUCACCUCGCGGGCCGACGUCGACAGGUGGCUGCGGUACUUUGACAUGUCCUUUGCGGCCGAGGAGCCGCCCUUGGUGUGCCUGAGCGUGUUGCACUCGGGCCACGACGGGGGGUUGGCCCUGCGCAUGGAACACACCCACUGCUUCACUGUCUCUCCCGAAGGUGUCGCCGCGGGUGGGAAUGGGGAUAGAGAGACCACAAAGGGCGGACACUAUCAUUACGACCUGGACGAGACGAGGGACGAGAUCGAAUACGAAGGCUGGUUCAAUGUGGCCGAGCUGCUGUAUCGGGUCGACCAGCCUGGGAGUUGA